AUGCUGGAAUGGCGGCAUUCGGUCAGCGGUCGUCUGUUCCACAUCGACCUGCGUACGGGCCACAGCAUCGCCAUCGGCCCACAAAGACAGGCUCAUCGAACGACCAUCGUCAAUCGAUCCAGCCUGAACAAAGGCUUCACCAUCACACCCCGACCCGCUGCACACGCAACUGCGAUCUCGGAUGACGAGUUUGAAGAUGCCGAGCUGGAUGCCAUCAUUGCAUCGAUACCGCUCCCACCUCCGGCCUCGGAAGUAUCCGGAAAUGGCCUGGAUGUGGGUUUGGGGGUGCAGGGCGAAGUGCUGGGGGCGAUUACCCGAUCGACACUAGCGCAAGCCAGGGUGCUGGACCAGGUGGACGGCAAGUUCAUCGUAUGCACCACCAUUGUCGAGGGACAGCAGGUGGUGUUUUGCGUCGACCAACAUGCUGCUGAUGAGCGGUACCAACUCGAACGCUUUCUAGAAGAGUAUGCCACGCGGUGUGCCGAUCGAACCGCAGCAUUCUUGCUCGAAGCGGCAGUGACAGUCGACGUCAGCACGAACCAGUACGAGGCUUUGAGAGCAGAUUCGGUGGCGAGGGCAAUGAGACGGCUUGGAUGGGAGAUGCAGCUAGUACCAAGGAUGGCCCAGGUGGAUAUUAGCGGCGUGCCGUACGUGUUGAAGGACCGAACACUGACGCUCACAGGCAGACCCAAGAACCAAGCCUUGCUCAGCGACGUCUUUGUGAGUUGCAUCGAAGAUAUCACUCGACGCCAGGCAGACACCCAACAGCACAGGAUGCGUCGACAAGGCAAACACAAAACCGUAAGGGCAGACGAUCGCGACUGGAUGAGCUUUGCAAGGCAGAUGCCGGGAUCGCUACUCGAGGUGGUGAAAAGCAGGGCGUGUCGUAGCGCCAUCAUGUUCAACGAUGCCGUGCGCAGGGAUGUGUGCGAGCGGCUCGUGGCGCGAUUGGCCAGGUGCAGGUUUCCCUUCCAGUGCGCACAUGGCAGACCCACCCUCGUCCCUCUCUGCCAGAUCCUCGCCCAGCCUUGCGACGACAGCUAG